AUGGAGCAUGUGGGAGAGCCAAGGAAGAACCCAGACUCUUUUCACGGGGGUGAAAAGAGGCACAAGCCUAAUGGAAAUUACCAAGGGAAUUUUGGAGAUAGGAGGGACAACAAGGGGAACUUUGGGAAGGGGAAUGGGGUACAGUCGUCCAACCAUAAAGGGAAUGGGAACCAAAGGGGUGAGAAACCCAAGAGGAAGUAUUUCUUCAAGAGGUGUGAGAAAGACCACCCAGGGAAGGACUGUGAGGGAAACCCGGUAACUUGUCGUUACUGUCAGAAGUUGGGACACCGUGAGUAUGAGUGUUUCAAGAAGGAAGCUGAUGUUAAGUCUGGGAAGGUGAAAGAGUCUAGUGCACCUAGUAAACCACCUCAGUCUAGUGGACCAACAACCAAGGCUGGAACCAGUAGCGGUGCGGGAGGUGCCCCAAAGGGUUGUGUGUUCGUGACGAAUAGUCGGCAGGCUGAGUCUGCUAAUGAUGUGGUAAUUGGUGUUUUCUUUAUAAGUUCUUCUCCUGUGAAAGUCUUGUUUGAUUCAGGGGCGUCGCAUUCUUUUAUUUCUAAGGAAGUAGUUGGGAGUCUCAGGUUAGAGAGUCCUGAGUCAGUUUCUCUAGAUGUGUCUAUUCCGUCUGGGGAAGUGAGGAGUUGUUUGAGAUUGUUUUUUAGUGUGCCUAUUUCCAUCUCUGGGGUUGAGUUUCUGGCUUAUUUGAUCGAGUUUGACUUGAAUGACUUUGAUGUGAUUCUGGGUAUGGAUUGGUUGGGAAAGUAUGAAGCAAAAAUUGAUUGUGCGGCUGAAAAGGUCACCUUGACUAGCCCAAGUAAGACCAAAGUGGUGUAUAAAAAGGAAGGUAAAAGCUCGGGGUUGAGAAUUAUGUCUGCAAUGCAACUACAGAAGCUGGUUAAGAAGGGUUGUCCUUUGUUUUUGUGUAGUGUUCAAGAGGUUGAAAGUGAGGAAAAGAAAGGUGAAUAG